AUGUUUUCAAGCUGACGGAUAUUAGCGAAAUAGAGCAAGCAUACGCUCAAAUACAUUUAAAAGAGGUAUCCUUCAACACUUCACUUCAGUUUAUUUUACCAUGCCACCUUGUACAGUAUGAACUAUGUAGAUGCAUAGCGCAGCCUUGCAACAGCUGAACAAUGAGCUGGACACAAUCCUUGAGGAUCAGCCAAGAUUGGAUGCCAAAAUGAACACCCUGCAAAAUAUAGUUCCUAGUCUCCAGCUGGUAAUGAGAGAUGCCCAGCAGUUGUAUUCUGUCAUUUCCAAGACUUCUGAUCUUGCCGAGAGGGUUAGCAGUAAAGUCAGACUCCUAGAUAGUGUCAAGAGUAGAGUCCAGGAAAGUAUGAAGAGAGUUGAUGACAUUUUGGACUUAAAGGCUUGUGUAAAUGGAGUUCAGACCGCUUUAAACACUGGGAAUUAUGAACAGGCGGCAGCCCAUAUCCACAGGUAUCUCAGCUUGGACAGGGCCAUGAUUGAAAACAUCAUUGGUGACAAAAAUGAAGGGUCUGAUUUAUCAGGUGCUUUUGUGAUGCUUCAAGAGGCAGAGGAAAAACUAAAGGCCAUUGUGCAGCAGGAAUUUGACCAGGCGAUAUCAAAAGGCGACAGGAGCAGUGUUGAAAGGUUUUUCAAAAUAUUUCCUCUUCUAAACCAGCACGCCAAAGGCUUGGGAAAGUAUUCCCAUUACCUCUGCUCUAUGGUUGCUGCUACGGCUCAACAGAAUCUUGAACAGAUAGACAUCACAAAGGACUCAGAUCGCCAUGCCAAUGUGCUAUUUGCCAAUACUCUUACAAUGCUUUUUGAGGGGAUUGCGCGAAUGGUUGAGGAGCACCAGCCAUUUGUUGAGACCUAUUAUGGACCAGGACAAAUGCCUACUCUUUUACAAAUUCUUCAGGUCGAGUGUGACAAGCAAGCAGACCAAAUUCUAGAUGCUUUUGUCAAGAGACGAGACCUGCAGCACAAAAUCAAGUCUGUCACAAAAAGUCUCAAUAUUAAAGGAUCCUCUGAAAAAUCAGAAAGAUAUGAUCCCAGAGACAUGGAGGUACUCCUUGGGGAGGUGGUACUAAUGAACACUCGAACUGAGAUGUACCUACGAUUCCUUGAAAAGAAAAUACAGGCCGAUUACGAAAAUCUUCCAGAUGAAGAUGUUCAGGAGUGUGCAGAUGUCAACAAAGUUCUGGACAAGUUGAUCAACAACAGUGGGGUUAACAGAAGAAUGCAGGAACUAAUUGGAAGCUAUAUUACAAUGGAGGAAUAUUUCAUGAGAGAGACGGCAAUGAAGGCCGUCAAGAUGGAUUACUACGAGGGUGAGCCAGAUGAAGCCGUAACCUCCAGCAUGGUUGAUGACGUGUUUUUCAUUGUUCAAAAGUCUGUCAGACGUUCACUAUCAAGCUCAUGUGUAGAUGCUGUGUGUGCAAUGCUUAACCAUGCGAGCUCCCUCUUGUCUUCUGAGUAUUGUGAUGUGCUCAAGACCAAAGUGAAGGCUGGCUUUCCAACAGGAGGAUUGGAUCUGUCUGGGAUGUUCCAAGGCAAGAUUCAAGUGGCCAGCACCGCCGAGAGCGAAGCAGGGAGGAAAGCUUUUCUGGUAAUACUCAAUAAUCUGGAAGUCAGCAGUGAAAAUAUCCAAAAGCUUAAGAAAUAUCUAGAGGCUGAGUGUGAGCGAAACCCCAACCUUGGCGAUGCAGCGAAAAUGAAACUAGAGAGCUGCUUGAGUGAUCUUGUCUCGACGGCAAACAUCUUCAAGGAUCUGCUUCAGGAAGGAAUAUGCCAUCUGUGUGCUAAUGCAGUGAUGCCCAGGCUCAAGCCGCUUAUUGAUGGCUUCUCGUCAAUAAGUCACAACAUUUCCGAGGAAGAGUUCUCAUACUAUGAAGUCAAUGACCCCUUCAUUCAAAACUUCAUCACACACUUGGAUUCCGUGUUAACGUCUUUCAAGGGGCCAUUAACCACCAGUAACUACGACUCGUUGGUGAGUUACGUCGCGACUGACAUCACUGCAUUGGUGGAGAAGGCGGUCAUCAAGACGAACUUCAACAGGUUGGGUGGCCUUCAGCUUGACAAAGAACUGCGCUCAUUGGUCGGGUACUUGACUGCUGUCACUCAAUGGACCAUUAGAGACAAGUUUGCUCGCCUCACUCAGAUAUCAACGCUUCUUAACCUGGAAAAGGUUAGCGAGAUCAUGGAUUACUGGGGAGCGAAUUCUGGGCCAUUGACAUGGCGACUGACGCCUGCAGAAGUGCGCCAGGUGUUGGCUUUGAGGAUUGAUUUCCGUUCUGAAGACAUCAAUAGACUGAAACUGUAGAAAAUUUAGUAUAAACAGAAAUUGUAAAUAACAUGAAAAAUAAUGGUAUUAAUAAAUACAAAUAUGUGGUUUUUA